CCGCAGCCCGCGCCGGGCUUCUCCGAUGCGAAUCGGCGCCCGUUGGCCGGCCGCUGGCGUGCGGCGGGGAGCGGCCGGGCUCCGAGAGCGGUCGCCGCCAUGAUGCCGGCCCUGGCCGCCCCGCGGCGGGGCUGCCGCGGUCUCUACCGUCUGUACCUGCGAUGCCAGGCGGCGCCGCGCCUCCGCGCCUGUCACGGAUGGCCAGCUUCAAUGAAAAGUGGGAGUCUGUCUUAUAUUCUACCAUGCCAUCGUCUGCCUGUGCAGUUGAUGAGUCAAGUGAGAGUUUAUACCUCCAAUGGUCAGAAAAAAGAUCUUGGAUCAGAAGAUAAAAAUGGAUCAGCCUCUGAAGAAACCCUUCGUAAAGUUGGCACAGGACAAGAUACGACCAAUACAGGUCAAAAGCAGUCUUUCCUUAAAGAGCCAAUACAAGUAAAAGUGAAAGCUGUCCUUAAAAAAAGAGAGUAUGGACCAAAAUACACACAGAAUAACUUCAUUACUGGAGUCAGAGCAAUAAAUGAGUUUUGCCUUAAAUCCAGUGAUUUAGACCAACUGAGGAAAAUUAGACGACGAAGCCCCCAUGAUGACACUGAGACUUUCACUGUGUACCUGAGAUCGGAUGUGGAGGCCAAGUCUCUUGAAGUUUGGGGUAGUCCAGAGGCUCUUGCAAGAGAAAGAAAACGCCGCAAAGAGGCAGAGAUCAAGUACAGAGAAAAUCUGUUUAGAAACCAAAGGCUGUUGAGGGAAUACAAGGAGUUCUUUGGAAAUACUAAGCCACGGUCCAGUGCAGCAGCUAUGUUUUUCAAGGGACCAGGGAAGGUGGUAAUGGUAGCUAUUUGCAUAAACGGGUUGAAUUUUUUCUUUAAGCUACUUGCUUGGGUUUACACGGGAUCUGCAAGUAUGUUUUCAGAAGCCAUACAUUCGUUAGCAGACACAUGUAACCAGGCGUUGCUGGCUUUGGGCAUCAGUCAGUCUGCAAGGACACCUGACCCUAGUCAUCCGUAUGGUUUCACAAACAUGCGCUAUAUCGCCUCCCUGAUUAGUGGGGUGGGCAUUUUCAUGAUGGGUGCAGGACUUUCUUGGUAUCAUGGAAUCAUGGGUUUACUCCACCCUCAUCCUAUAGAAUCUCUUCUCUGGGCAUACUGCAUUUUAGCAGGGUCAUUGGUAUCUGAAGGAGCUACCCUUCUCGUUGCUAUAAAUGAAAUUCGCAGGAGUGCUCGAGCCAAGGGUCUGUCAUUUUAUCAAUAUGUUGUGCAGAGUCGUGAUCCCAGUACAAAUGUGGUGUUACUGGAGGAUGCUGCAGCAGUUCUAAGUGUGGCUGUAGCUGCUACCUGUAUGGGUCUGACUUCUUUAACAGGAAACCCUUAUUAUGACAGUGUGGGGUCUCUAGGUGUUGGAACUUUGUUAGGAAGUGUGUCAGCAUUUCUAAUCUACACUAACACUGAAGCCCUGCUGGGACGAUCCAUUCAACCUGAACAACUGCAGCGACUCACUGAGUUACUGGAAAGUGAUCCUGUAGUAAGAGCAAUUCAUGAUGUUAAAGCCACAGACAUGGGAAUGAGCAAAGUGAGAUUCAAGGCAGAAGUAGACUUUGAUGGACGGGUUGUUACUCGUUCUUACCUGGAAAAACAAGACAUUGAACAGCUGCUGCAAGAAAUUCAACAAGUGAAAACCCUUGAAGAAUUAGAAGCCUUCAUGCUUAAGCAUGGUGAGAAUAUCAUUGACACUCUGGGAGCUGAAGUAGACAGACUUGAGAAGGACCUAAAGCAACGGAAUCCUGAUGUUCGUCACGUGGAUUUGGAGAUACUAUAGACUUGGCAGAAGAAACCUUCAGGUUGCCACCAUUUUGGAAAAAAGUCACAUAAAGGACUGAGAGGCUUCUGGACUUGCAGUGACCUCAGCACCAUACCUCACAUGGUUUGGCUGUUGGCUUCCUGGACUGUUAGCUCUCCUUCUGCUUCUGGAAGAGCGCUGGACUCGCGGACAAAAAUUUCCAUGGCAAAAUCAAUUUUAGAAAACUACUUGACUUAAAUUCCACAGGAGAGUCCAUCAGAGUGUAUUUACUACCAUUCAGAACUUAAGACUUGAGAUUUAGGUAGGCAAAUAGAGCUGCCUGAAAGUAUACAACACGUUUAGGUUUUUUUUUCCAUUUGUGUUCCUUUGCAGUCAGUUUGCACUUCUUUAGUUUCUUUCAAGAUAUCGUUAAAGGUUCUUGGGAGAUAUUAAGAUUAGGUAGGAAGAGUUUUUGUUCCAGUGGAACCUGCCAACCUUAAACUAAUUGUAAUAUUUCAACUGUGUGAUUGUUUCACAGUUUUUCUUUUCUAUGAGAGAAAUUGUUUUAAACAGGUGUUGGCCUUCUCUCAAGUACCAUGACCUGGAAAUUGGCUUUUGCCACCAUUGUGAUUACCAACUGCACUUAGAAAAAUAAGAUUUUUCUGCUCAGUGGAGUCAACUAUACGUGGUUAGCCAGAGUAUGGGAAGUUACUGUGAAGAAAUUACUGUGUAGGGAUGUCGGUGAACUUCCUCUGUUUCAAAUUUUGUUCUUUUUUCUUUACUUUGACACUUGUUCUCUUAUUUCUAAGUAUCUUCAUAUGUAAUCUGGGAGAUACUUAUGGUAAUGCUUAUUAAAUGUUACCUGGCACUUCUGGCUUUUUAUACUUCUAAUAAGGUGUAUUGUCAGACAUGGUCUUUGCUGGAAGGUGGAAAAGAUGCAGUUGGAAGUUACAAUAGUAAAAAAUGUAUUAGAACUAUUUAUAAUUAAACAAAUGAAGACAUUAUAUUUUUAAUUUAUUUACCUCUAGACGUUAUCUGAAUUCUAAACUGCUUACUUUGUGGGUGCGUUAAGAGUUGAUCUUGUUUGUUUGGGAAAGUGACGUAAUUCUACCUGUGGUCCUCCACAAUUCUGAGAUAAGUGCUUAGAGUUGGUAGCUUUGAAAUGUGCAGUUCUAGCACUGUAUAUAAUCAUAGAAUAAUUUCAGCUGGAAGAGACCUUUAAAAUCAUUGAGUCCAGCUUUUGUCCCAGCCCUAUCAACUACUAGACCCUUUUCCAAAAUGCAACAUCCACCCGUCUCUUAAACAUCUACAGGGAUGAUGACUCCACCACCUCCAUGGGCAGCCCAUUCUUUCAGUAAAGAAAUUCCUCCUAAUAUCCAGCCUGAACCUCCCCAAGUGCAACUUGUGGCCAUUUCGUCUUGUUCUGUUGCUUGUAACUGGGGAGAAUCAGCCUCAAGGCUUUCCGUAGUAGGCACCAACAUUGUACCAGUUUCUUUGAGACCCAGCCUUUAUUAAAAAGACCAUGAGUACUUAUAGUGCAAGUUGAAAUAUAAGUGAAAUAACUGCAUAUACGUAACUCUGAGGAAAUUCCUUUAUGCACUUUAAUAUAUUUCAAUAAAAUGAGAAUUGCUCACGGGUGAGAGGUGGUAAUAAGACCCUCCUAGUGACUCAGUUGCUGACUGAUGACUGACUUGAAAGAGGAAAUGUUGAUGCAAAACACAAGUUGUCAAAAAUCGGUUUAAGAUUAAAUUAUAAGCAAGCAGCAAAUAAUGAUUGUGGAGACCAAUGUGUCCAGAUUUGACUAAAAGCUUUUUAGAAUGUGGGGAUUUUUUUAAGCUGUGUCACUUAGCAGCGAAUGAUUGGAAUUUAAAAUAUCAUGCCUUCUGACAAUUGCAAAGCACUUUGCAUGCUGACAAUUUUAAGUAGAAAAACAUUCCAGAGUUUGGUUACAGACAGGACUUUCACAUACUGUGAUCACGGGUGAAAGGAUGCCAUUAACGCCCUUAUUGUUAUCCCUUAUUUACUGGUAGCUUCUUUAUAGCAUAUUAGCUUAUUGUGGCUGGUCCAAAAGAAGGCUUAUUUUAUUUGUUUUUUCUCUUACUGUAGAACUAGUUAGUAUAUUUAAGCCUGGUGAUUUGAGAUGCACUUCGAAGGAAAUUUGGAAGUGUAGUGUAUCAAGUAAAUAAGGAAUAUUAUAGCAUGUAAGUUGCUUGCCUUUCUCCUCACCCUUCCAUGUCAACUUGAUCUCAUCUCAGUAUGUAGUCUGCUGAUGUUAGUCUAAUUCAUGAAGAGCACUGGAAUCUAAUAGUGCAUAACUUCUUUCCUUCUUCCUAGAAUAUUUAUACAAAUUUUGAAUUUGAAUAAACUUAGUAAACUUAUAGUUCGAGAAAUCUUAAAAAGCUGAAGAGAAGUAAAACUGGGAGAAUGUUCUUCCUGAGGAGGUUAGUGGAGACAGCAAAUGUGAUCUGUGUAGUUUGUAUGCUGGAGUUACUGAUGAGUAAGUAGUGUUAGUAUGUACUUUGCAGGGCAGAAAUUUCAUUGAGAGGUUAGUAAAUGUUAUCUUGACACAGCAGUGCUCCUGUAUCUUGUUUAAGAGGAGAUGUGAGUUUAUAUUCUUAUAGGGCAUUUGCUCCAAAAGCCUGUAAAAAUGUUUUCUUACUCAUCAGAGAUGUAAUCUAUAUGAGUUCUCAUCUGAAUUUCCUUAUCUGAGUCAGAAGUGUAGCCACCUACACACCUUUUGUUUAUAUUCCAAGGUAAAAUUCAAGUCUUUAUCUCCCAGUUAUGUUAUUGACUAUAGCAUCACAGCAUGUUAAAUUUAAGAAGCUGAAACUUCAGUCUUUUUGAGUACAUAACAGCUGCACAGUUUGAGGACCUACUUCCGUUUUUAAGAACGAUCUGAGUGUUGGUGUUCCACAGAAAGGCAGGCAGACUGGUUUUGGCAGUACCUUGUAAGUUUACAAGUCUGGCACUUGGAUGAAAAUACUGAUUUAUUGAGCCUGUCUGGUUGGAAAGGAAAGGCAAUUCUAAGAUGUCACAUUUUAAUAUAUAUUAUAAUUUGCAGAUUGUUUUAAGUAGUUUUGACAUUUUUACUUUUUAUUUUUCUUAACUGUCUUUAUGGUCUAAAACUUGAGGUGAUGUGGGUCCAGUACUUAUUUUACUUUGUUUUAGUGAUUUUGGGGAAAAUGUUUAGCUAAUAAUUUCCAUGCUAGAAUCUUCAGAAUUAAAGAAAACUUACAAAGUGUGGAGAAGUGAAUUUUUGUUCUGUAUCAGAAAUGCAAUUACGUAAUGUUCCUUUUAGAUUGAUUUUUAAGGAAGAGGAGUGAGGAUUUUAGCUAACAACAAAGUGAUAUUCUAGGACUUUUCUAGUUAGUGUGAUGUUUUAAAAGAAUUUAUUUUUGUAGGCUGGCCUUGUAGAUUCUGUUUUUUCUAAUUGUCUUCCAAGUACUACCGCCCUCUGCCUUGUGAAAGGCUGCUUAUGUGUUGUGUAACAUCUCAUCACUCUAUAAAGCUUGCAGUAGUUUUAAAAAUAGGCUUAGUGUUCCAAUAUACUGAGUGAUCUUAAUGUAUCUUAAGUCAAAGUUGGCUGGACACUAAUAAUACAUAUUUUCCUGCAGAAUUUGUUUUUCUAUGAAAGAUAAAAUCCUGAAGUUAUUUUCUUUUCCCCCAUGAAUUCAUUUCAAGUCUAAGUCAUCUUUUAUAUGCAGUGGAAUUCAAUAUUUGAUGUGGCCCUUCAGUAAAGCAUAUUGAAAGAGUAAAUACUGGACUACUGUAUCACAGAGACUGACUGCUGUGUGCUCUGCUCUACAAGUAGCAGUGAUUCAGGGACAAGAUUUUUUUUUUGUAAGGACAAGUUCCAUCCUUUACCCUUUGUGACUCAUACUCAAGCUGAAAGUUUUUUAGCCUCUGCUUUUCUGCUUCCUUGAAUCCCCACACAGAUAUUAUUAUUUUUUUAGUAACUUGUACUUUUAGAGGAGGAAGCCAGUAUGAGCAGCAUAUGGUUUCAUUAGCAGGGCUAGAUGCUACUCUUGGUGUCUGGAUUUUGUACUGACUUGUUCAUUGGUGGUUCACCAUAGUGAUAGCUGUUUUGAAAGCUACAAAUCAUGUCAGCUAGAACUACCACAGUUUUCUGCUUCUAGUGGGUGCAUUUUUUUUUUCCAGUUUUAUCUGGAGACUCAGUUUUUAUUGAGAGAUUUUUACCGACCCAUCUUUGACAAGGGGGAAUAGGGGGAAGAGUUUUAGGUAUGUUUUGUCUGGUAAUAUGCUUGUUGUGCUUCCAUGUUCUCCUUAUUUGUUAGCAUUUUAGCUGACUUAUCUUUAUUUUCUGUACAAAGAAGAAAAAAAUGAUGCAUUAUGGAGGUACCUCUGCUAAUGACGAGUGCAUCGAAUACAGGCUUCCAGCUAAGAGUUUUUAGGCUUUUGUGUAUUGAAAGUGUGGCAAUCUUUGAAAAUUCUCAAUUAAGUAAUCCUUUUGGAAAGUUGAUUUGGAUGUGUUUCUUACAAAAGAACCCACAGAAGCGUAUUGUUUAAGAUUUGAAAGAAAGGUAUUUCAUUUUACGGCCAUAUGUUUUUAAGGCAUUUUGGCUUGGUAGAAUAGAACAAUUGAUUAAUAUUGACUCCUGUACAGAAAUUGAGCUUCUGUGCGUGCCCAAAGGCUUACAUUGCAGAAGUGAAUAUAAAAUGACUAUGUGCUUUUUUUCUUUCUAGCUUAAGUAUUGUGCUGCUUCUAUUCUUAGUUCUGAAUAGGGAGUACAACUAACAUCUCUUUUGUAGUUUACCUGCGUAAUGUAAAUGAGAAGUUGAGGUGGGUGGGUUCUUUUUUUUGUAGAGGGGUUGCGUAGCUUAAAUAAGUAAUUUUUCCUUUCUUGUUAGUGAGACACAAAUAAUUAAGAUCAAAAGUAGACUAUAUUACAUAUAAAAAGAAAUAGGAAUCCAGGCUUUAAAAGCACAAUAGUCAGAUUUUUGAAAUGCAUGUCCUUUGAGGAAAAUUAAAUGUGCCAGGAGCUAUAAGUGGUUGUAUGGACUGUAGAAACUGCAGUCAAUCAGGCUUUGCUGAAGCAAAAUAAAAGAAACUGUAACAAAGUGUGUGGUAAAAAGAAAAGAAUACAAGGAACGUAAAAAACCCUAAGGUGUGGAGCACUUGUGAAUAGGAGAAGAUGAACACAAUCUAAAAAAUGUAGCCAGCAAUAAGAAAUGAUGAUUGCAGAGUAGAAGAACAAUUUGAAAUGAUAUUUUAUUAGAAUGCAUAAAACUAUGUAGUAGGAUCUUCUUUUAGCGAUAUUCAGACAGUUGGGUGGUUCCUUCCUCCUACCUUCAGCAAAAAAUUACCUGUUUUUUCCUGUAAUAAAAAUCAUUGUUUCCAUUUAACUGUUUCCUAAUACGGUAUUCAGUCAGAAUUAUCAGUAUUGCAGGUAGGAACCUUGGCCUUACUGCUAAAAACCUAGUUUUAUUGCUAAAGGUGAUGGGGUAAUCUCAGUCUGGAGCUUUGUUGGUGAGGUAUGUAUUUGGUGAGUGGAGAGUGAGUAAUUUUAAUUGUGAAAAUGGGAGCUGGAGUGAAUUAGAGAGAAAGUCAGUUUAUUCUUUCAAACAGAAAAUGAUUGCAACAUCAUACUGAAGAUGUUAGAGGAGGAGGAAAAAAGGCCCAGUGUUCUAAGCCUACAGAAUUCUUGCCGUGAACUGCGGUCAUUGGUCAAUAGGUUAGUCUGUAUUUUUCAAGUUACUUAAAUGUCUGUGAAUAAGCAAAAUUUUUAUUUGAAAUGUUACAUUCUGAAAAGGAGUUAAAGAUACAAAAUGGGACAUGAAAGGGUAUACAUCUUAAAAAGACCACUGACAGGAAAUUGACAUUCUAUGCUAUGUUAAUUGAGGCUCUUGAGGACACUUUUUCUGUGUAAAUGAAAGCAACCAAUUAAAACAAAAGGUCUUGGUUGCUUUUUUUAAGUGUUACACUAACUAUAAGCCUUCUCAAAUUUUUGUAUUGCCAGCAUUCAUAGUGCUGUUAUGGGCAGAAGGUAUCUGUUACAAUAGUGGAAUACAGCUCCACACUCUAGGAUACAUUUGCUUUUUGUUACCUAAAUUUAGACUGUAUUUAAACUUCUGAGUUUGUGAUCAGCUGCUUCAAAUCUGAAGAUGGAAGAAAAAAAACCUGCAAUGUUGUAUAAAUUAUUUAAUACAAAGGAUUAUUUUUUUUGUAAGUUUCUUUUACAAGUAAAGAUGCUGAAGAACUACAUGAGAAGAAGUGUUUGAAAAAUGCCUAAAGAAUUUGGAAAGCAUUUUGACUAUUGCCAGAACUGUAUUAAAUCUGAAAGUCAGUAGUGAGGAUUUUCUCUUGUGGUAGAACUUUCAAAGGGCAGUCUCAAGGCUGAAACAUGUUUCUCCAUGCAGUCUUUCAAUCAAAUGUAUCUCCCCCCCUGCUUUUUGGUGUAUUGGCUUUUUCAUUCUAUGACUUGAUUACUGCAUAUUAGGACGGGGAAGUUAUUUUGAUUUGGGAGGUGUAGACAUUUAAAUAUUUCUCUGCAUAUGGUUUUUAUUCCUUCAUAAUUAUACUUGAAUUCAGUAAAUCCUGUAAAAUAUCUGGAAGUGGUAAUUACUCAGUAAAAUGUUACAUAGCCAGUAAA